UAGUUUGCAUUCAGUGUCAGAGAAGGAAGAAGUGGACGAUAUGAGAGAUUGAUUUUUAGAACAAUUACAGUAUUUAAACGUGAUUAACAAUGGAUUUGGCAAAAGUGAAAAAUGAAGACAAAUUAGACUUGUGCAGAAAGUAUUACAUUGGUGGCUUUGCUUUCCUGCCUUUUUUAUGGUUUAUCAACUCUGUCUGGUUCUUCAGGGAGGCCUUCCUAAAACCAGAAUACCAAGAACAAAAACAAAUCAAGACAUAUGUAAUACGGUCAAUGAUUGGAACAGUGAUAUGGAUAGCCAUUAUAACAACUUGGGUGGUUCUUUUCCAGACCAAUAGGGUGGCAUGGGGGAUCACUGCAGACAAAAUAUCAUUCCUUAUUCCUACAGGAAUACCAUGAAAAUGGUAACAUUGAUAAUUCAGAACCAUGCAAACUCAUAAAGAAGUAUCAUUGAAUGAUUCUCUAAUAAGAAUAGCCAAAUUCAAAACAGUCAGUUACAUUCUUAUCAUUGAAGAUCUCUUUGUCUAAAGGACGACAUGUAGUCUGCUUCAAAAUGUAAAUACAAUUAUAAAUGUGUUUAAGAGGUGUAUUUAUUUUUAAACUUGGUGCUCGUGAACAAGUUUACAAGUGAUCUGUGUUGUACACUUGGCCUAGAAGACAUAGAUCAUUUGAGAAGUCUUUUGCCAAAGCUGUAUACAUUGUAUCUUAAUAGUGAAAUGUAAUAUGUGUGUGAAAAGCUCAUAUAAAUGUAAACGUAGUUGCCAAGAGAGAGAGAGAGAGAGAGAGAGAGAAUAGCUUUAUGUAAUUUCUACUAGAAUAAAAGACAGAUUGAACUGUUAUAAAAUAUUACAGAUGUUG